AUGAGAACGGAUGAGAGGGAGAAAGGGAAUCAUGCGAGGGGAGGGAAAAAGAAGGGGAAGGAAAGAAGGAAAAGGAAGGAAAAGGGAAAACCGGAAAAGGGGGACGGCGUCGACAAAGGAAAAAAAAAGAAACACUCGAAUACCCAAUACCCCAUCCCCAUUCCCCUUAACCUUAAUCCCCUAAAUGGUAACCCUCACCUCACCUCACUGCGACACCGCCGGCCGUGUCGUCUUCUUUGUCUCGCCGGACACAGUGCGUCUCUGACGACGUCACCUGCAUUGCAGCUCCUUCAUCUUCUUCGUCGCUUCUCCUUGCUCCGCUUCGUCGUCGCCGUCGUCGCGUUCUCUCCGUUGUCUGCGUCCUCUGCUCUCUCGGACAGGUUAGUGGUCUCUGUCGUCUGCGUCCUCUGCUCUCUCGAACAGGUUAGUGGUCUCUGUCGUCUGCGUCCUCUGCUCUCUCGAACAGAUCAAUUGGAUUUGGAAGAUGAUCGGGACGAUGAUGGAGCUAAUAAUUCUAUGAAAAAUGCAAAUCAAAAUGAAACCAAUCAGGAUAUAACUCCACAUUUGUCAGAUAAAAAACGAUUUUUCGACUUUGAAAUCACUCUUUGGAUAUAGUUCAUGGAUUGUUAUUCUUAUUGUGUCUAAUUAAGAUACUAUUGUAGUAGUAUUAACUAAUUUUAUGUCUAUCUUUGUAUUAAUUAUCUUUAGAAUUUGAGACUUGGUUAUUUUUAAAAUGUUGGCAAAGAUAUGUAUUUUGAAUUUUUUAAGUUUAUG